AUGUUACACGAAAAACUUGAAGAAUAUAACAGUGCCUUUGAAAAAAUCAUGGAAGAGCUUGAAGAGCCUGAAAUGCCAAAAGAUCCAAAAAGUUCUGCCCCGUCAACAACAGACAAAACCCCCAAAAAAAGUAGAGGGCAAUAUCAAAAGCCUACGGAUAAAAAUAUAAAAAAGCUUCUUUCACUGCAAAAACACCUUAAAAUAAUUGAAUUCCACUUACCUGGAAUUAUCGAUAAUAGUAGCCAAAAAAUUACAACCCAGACUUCCUUAAAUACAACAUUGUCUGUAAAUACAGUAUUUGCCGUUUCGUUGGAAUUUGCUGGUGUAUCAAGCAUUAUCUCGAUUGUAGAAGGUUUUCUGACCCGGGAUAGAGCAACAUACAGCUGGCCAUGGGAGAAUACUGGGGCAGGGAGAUAUAAUCCAACACUCUCAAGAGUUUGA